UGUGCAGGUUCACCAGCCCUGGAGCUCCACACCACAGUAGCAGCUGGGGUACUGAUACUACUCCGCUGCCGGAGAGCGUCGGGAAGGUCUGCUGUGGGGGUAAUCGGGGGAAAACGCCGAAGCAUCCUCAUAGAUCCCCCUUUAGGGAGUUUUGGACCCGUUGGAGUCGUUAUAGACGGGAGGGGGCCUCGUCUUCCCGGAUUAUUCCCCUUGCGCGGCUAUAAAGAAACUUCCAGCAGGAUUUGUAAAUUCAGGAUGUCGGUGUGAAACAAAGGGGUCCGGAGCACUGUUGUCUGAGUGGGUACGAUUGCGUCCUCUUCGCCUGCUCUGGAUGGGAAAGAUGGAGACGGAAGUGCAGUGGUGGAAGAGCCAACUCGCAGCGGACAUCCAUCAAGCUCUGCGCGUCAAGGAGUUGAAGCUGCCGACCUACCGGGCUCACUCACCCCAGAUUGGAAUGCGACGCUAUUUCGCCGACCUGCUGGCCAUCCUCAGUAACCGCUACCAACUGUGCCCGACCGCCCGCCACCUGGCCGUCUACCUGCUGGACCUCUUCAUGGACCACUACGACGUGGCCCUCAAGCAGCUUUAUGCAAUCGCUCUGUCCUGCCUGCUCCUUGCCAGUAAGUUCGAGGAGAAGGAGGACCGCGUGCCCAAGCUGGAGCAGCUGAACGCUUUGGGCUUCAUGUGCAGCCUGAACCUGGUGCUCAGCAAGCGCGACCUGAUCCGCAUGGAGCUGCUGCUGCUGGAGACCUUCGGCUGGAACCUGUGCCUGCCCACCCCCGCCCACUUCAUCGACUACUACCUCCACGCCUCCGUGCAGGACAGCGACCUGCACAACGGGUGGCCGCUCUCCUCACCGUCCAAGACCAAAGCCUUCAUGGACAAGUACACACACUACUUCCUGGAGGUCUCGCUGCAAGACCACGCCUUCCUGAGCUUCCGGCCCUCUCAAGUGGCAGCAGCCUGCAUCGCGGCCUCGCGCAUCUGCUUGCAGGUGUCUCCCAGCUGGACCACUGCGCUGCACCUGCUCACAGGCUACACCUGGGAGCACCUGACCCAGUGCAUCGAGCUCAUGCUCCUAGCCCAUGACAAUGACGUGAAGGAGGCCAACAAAAGCAAAGCAGCCCCCUCACCUGGCCAGCUGUCCCUGCCGCCCCCGGCCUCAGCCCCCCCUGCCCAGAGCCGGGCCGCUUCCUCCCAGCAGCUGCUCUUCCAGCCGGCCAGCUUCGCCCAUCUCUCCCAGCACCCGGGCCCCCUGUCCCAGCUGCACAUGCUGGCCGAAGCCCCGUCUUUGGGGUCCGUGGUGCCGCAAGACUACCUCCAGUCCCAUCGGAUAGGGCUGCUCUCCGGAGCUCCCUCCGGGGGAACCCUUCACUCGUACCCUGGCUUGGCAUCGGGGCUGCAGCCCGGGGUGCGUGGGCUGCCCCUGCAGGCCCCCCUGUCCGUGCAGAUGGCCGUGACUGGUGAGCCGCUCCACUGUCUCAGCGUGGCCUACCCCAGUGGCUGCCUGGGCCCCCACCUGGGCCCCCACCUGGGCUCCCACCGCGGCUUCGCCGCCAGCUGUUUCGACAGGUGACGCCAGAAGAGGGAGCCCCCGGAGCUCAGACGCGCACGCCGGCCUUUCUCUGCCCCCUCCCCCGGCCCUAGUCCCGCCCCCCUCCAGAGACGCGGCAAUCGUAAAUCAAAACGCGGCACCGGGGUGGACGCCUCCGCCGUCGGCGGGCUCACAUGACGCUCUCGCCGCUGGAAUGGACUUGAAACAAAGACUUUCCUGAAGCCUUUAUUGAACCGGAGGAAGAGAGACUGUUUUCGUUGAUAGUUUUUGCCACUGAUUACUCUUUACCACACUGUGAUGGACAGAUCUACAGCCACGGCUCAGUUCUGUUUUGAAAAUCGUCUCUGUGGCUCUUCUGGUCUUGGGGUGUGGGGGGGGGGGAUUAAGAUAUUAUGUAAAAUAUCUCUGAUUCCCUUAUCUGUCCGGGUUAACAGCCCGUCGUUAAACUAAAGUGCUGCUUUAUUCUCAAAAACAAGCCAAAAGAAAACGACGAGUGAGUGGAAACAUCCAUCCAGUAGUGCGCACCCCCCCCCCCCCACCCCCCCCCCCCCCCCCCCCCCCCGGACUGUAGUCUCUCGCCAGUUUUGACCGACCUUUCGACCGUAAGCUGCUUUUUUUCUUUUUCUCAUGUUCCUGUGGUUGGACACCGUAAAGGUCUGGAGGUCUACCUGGUCUCGCUCGCCGCCUUCCCUCGGCACACCUGCAGACAGGAAGUGACAUCAUUCUGCAGCCUGUCGUCAGUCUAUAAAAUGGACCUACACCCCCCAAUGUUGCUGCCUUACACAAACCCGGCGAGCUGCGACUGUGAGGCUCCUGCCCUGGAAUUGUUUACACGCGAAAUGCCGAUUCAGGGACCCACAUGUUACUUGAAGGACGAUGAAUUCGGGGCUUUGCUGUUAUUUAUAAUCAUUCCUCUUCGCUUUGUCUCCUUCGGCUGCCUUUGUG